AUGGCAAAUAUUUCUCAUCUAUCGUUCCCUGAAAAGGUCUACCAGGUGUUGCAACUCUGCGAGGAGAAUGGCAGAACCGACAUCAUUUCCUGGAUGAACGAUGGGACAGCCUUCAAAGUGCACGAUUUGAAAGAGUUCGAACGAGACUUCCUUCCCAACUAUUUCAACACGAAGAAGUAUGCGAGCUUCACUCGAACGCUAUGUGCCUAUGGCUUUACUGGUGUCCGGACAGGAAGACAAACUGGAAUUUAUUCGCACCCAGACUUCAAUCGCAAUGACCCAGCUGCUCCUUCUCUGAUGAGGAGAGUAAAGAAAACCCAGAAAUCAGCUUCCAGUCCCUCCAUUACUAAGAGUCGUAGUGGCAGUGAAGCUGCCUUGGGUGGAUCUUUUCAUUCUGUCGGAGCCAAGAUUGCUGAUGGGUUGACAUACUUGCUGGUACGCCUCCCACCAGGAGCGGAAGUUGUCGGUACAUUUGAUGCUGGCAAAUUCAAAUCGAACCCUGCCUACCACAACCCCCCGAAGCCGAUUGCCCAUCACGAUUCAGUGACCAAAAGUAUACCCGAGGACGUCCGAGAUGAAAUAUACUCGAUCAAUAAGGAUUUCAGUGGCGACAUGGGAGCUGAUGAACUGGAGCCGACCAAAAUGUUUCCACCAACGGACAUGGAUGCCACGAAACAAGACAACGGCUUCUUUGACGACGACGCUUUUGAGCCAAUUCCGAUGAGCUAUGAAGAACAAGAACCGGCGGUCUCUUUCGAGCCAAGAACCGUGGAAGAAAUCAUGGAAACUCCAAUGGACUUGAACUUGUGGUACAAGUGCUUUCCGAUCAUUCCAACUGCCAAAGUUGCAGCUUGUGUGGAAUACGCCUCGCCGUUUUCGAUGCCUCUCCUUUGUCAAUAUUUGGACAUGUCAUCCUUUGGAAUGGCGUGGGUGUACGUCUUCUCUGUGGGGCAUACAAUUCAGGCCUUGCUCACUGAUUAUGGACCGAAUUCUGAAUACUUCAGACUCAGUCCGACGAUUGGUAUAGUACCACAUCAUUUCAUGGAUAUCAUGUGGAUGCAUACCCACUUUGCCGGUCUGGUCUUGUACCCAGCUCUCUUUGGUCCUGACGCGAUGGUACUCUUCAAGGCCUUCAUAUUCACCCAGCCGUUGAAUCUUGCAGCUGGCCUCAAGACAAACUACAAUUAUAUCGAAACCAAAUCAGGGGCUUGGGAGGAUGGAAGGUUUUGGGUCGCAGAGAUUGUGAGAUGGGUCAUGUUGGGAUCUAUAGCUGCCUUUCUUACUAUAUUGGCAGGAGAAAGCUAUGGUAUUGAAAAUCUGAAAGUCAUUGGACUUUUUGUCUCGAAUUUAUCGGUAUUGUGGGCUUGGGGAUCCUACCAGACGCUGCUCUCCUAUCAUGAGAGUGUUGAAAACAAGAUUAUGGCCAAGAAAGUCGAUUAG